AUGUACGCUCCGCGCGGCUUCGGCCGAGAACUCAUCCGCCGGGUGGGCCAGGUAACCGGGCAGAUCCCGGGACUGGUGGCCCGGCCGCCAGCGGCCCUGACCGGGGCCGAGCUCCUGACGGCCGACCGGGCGGACCUGCCGCCGGCCUCGCGCUUGGAUCGCGUCUACCGGCAGUUCAUCUACAACCGGUUUUUCCCCGAUGGCUACGGGGACCUGCACAUGGUCGGGCGCUUCCUGCAACUGAAGUCCCAGGCCUUUGACCGGGUGGACCCCCGGCAUCUGGUGACCAUCGACUCGGUGGAGACCCUGCUCCCUGGGGCCGGGGUCGGCUCCUUCCGCGGGGCCGGGCCCGGGGCCGGGGCCGGGACCGAGCCCCUCCGCAUUGUCCAUGCAUCGCUCGAGUCGCCGAUUAAUGAGCACUGGCCGGAUCUCCUGCCGGCCGAGUGCCGACGCGCGCGCAUCCAGAUCGUCCUGCCGGCCGGCAUUGGUGCCGGCGCCGGCGCCAGGGGCGGCAUCGCUGGCAGGCAGUCUGCCCUCGGGCCGCAACUGGCCGCCGCGUUGGGGGUCGAGCCGGCCGCCGAUCAGGACACCUCGCCCCCGGGCCCGGCGACCUUUGUGCAGCUCAGCGCCACGGGCGACCACUCCUUCUGGCGCCGGCGCAUGCUGACCGCGGUCCCCCUGGCCCGGGACCAUGGCAUCGCCAGCAUCAUCCUGGAGAACCCCUUCUACGGGGCGCGUAAGCCAGCUGGCCAGGUCCGCAGCAACCUUCGGACCAUGAUGGAUCUUUUCCGCAUGGGGAUCGCCAUCCAAUACGAAACGAUGGCCCUGCUGCAUUGGGCCGAGCGGGAGCUCCGAUGCGACGGCCGCCUCGGUGUGGCUGGACUCAGCAUGGGCGGGCACAUGGCCGCCCUGGCAGUGGCCUCCUGGCCGCGCCCCUUGGCCCUGGUCAGCUGUCUCGGGCCCUUCAGCGCGGCCGGGGUCUUCACACAUGGCGUCUUCGGGGCCGUGUGCGAUUGGCCCUCCCUGGCUGGCCAGCUGGCGGCCAUGUCGCCGGAGGAGCGGGAUGCCCUGCUGGCCCUCCUGCCGGAAGGGUCGCUGGACUUCGGCCGCGACGAGGACCCCAGCCCCCUGCUGGACUCCCUGGCGCAUGUCAUCCCCCGGGAGUACCAUCCGGCGGUGCGCUUCACUGCCCGACUGUUGGAUGCCGGCACGGCACUGGCCGGGCGCAAUGUCGGCCGGCCGGCCGAGCCGCGCGCCGCCCUGGCCUUCGCCGCCCAGCACGAUGCCUAUGUCCCGCUGCUGGACACCCGGCGCUUCCACAAGCAGUGGCCCGGCUGCGAGGUUCGCCUCAUUCCCCACGGACACAUCGGCUCCUUCCUGACCGCCAACGGGACCUUCCGCGCGGGCAUGGUCACCGCCAUGGCCCGGCUGAAUGAGGCCCUGGCUGGGGCGCCUUCCGCCGCGCGGGCCUAGCGCGGUGCCCGGUCCGUGUUUGUAUGUCCCUCCUCCGUUCCCUGCUUCCCCUUUCCCUCCCCCCUCCCCCUGCAACCUCUCUUCCGGCCCCGGGUGACAUCACCCAUAUGUGGCAUCCCCCGUGCCCUGCCUUUGCACAUACACACACACACACACA